CGUCGGCUAGGGACUCGCCGGAGAAGAAAGGGGGAGGUGCAUCCGCCGCCCCGCCAUGCUGCUGGGGUCGCUACGGGGCUGGAUCUCCCGGGUAUUGCGCCGUGUGGCGCCGGGGAGCCCCGCGAGCACCGCCUCGGGUGCCGGGCCGCAGCUCCGCGCCUGGCUUCCGGAUAAAGAUAGAGAAAACGAAAAAGAGAAGAAAUCAGUGGUGUUAAUGGAGCCUGUGCCCAAGUGGAGAAAUGUCCGUGGCCACAAUCCUCUGGGCCUGAUGUACCAUGAUGCCUGUCGAUGGGGCCUCACCCUGCAGACAUACGUGCAGCUCACCAUGCUGGACCAGCACACUCGUCCUCAGAUGUCACCUAUACGGCUGAUGGAGAGGUCGAUUCAUAGUGCAAGAUACAUUUUUGUAGAAAACCUAUAUAGAAGUGGGAAGAUGCCUGAAGUGGACUAUGUGAUUCUGUCUGAAUGGUUUGACUGGAUUGUGAAGAACAUCAAUGUCUCUGUUGACCUAAUAGUUUAUCUCCGGACCACUCCUGAGACCUGUCACCAGAGAUUAAAGAUGAGGUGCAGGGAAGAGGAGAAGGUCAUUCCACUGGAAUACCUGGAGGCCAUUCACCGCCUCUAUGAGCAAUGGCUGGUCACAGGAAGCCUCUUCCCUGUGACGGCCCCUGUUCUGGUGAUUGAGGCUGACCACAACAUGGAGAAGAUGUUACAAGUAUUUGAACAAAACCGCACCCGAAUAUUAACACCAGAGAAUUGGAAGCAUGGCCCAUAGGAUGGGAGAGGUACCAGGAGGUCCAGUCCCAGAGAGAGCACUAAGAAGUCAAGGAUUCCAACUCAUAGUCCUUGUUGUCUGAAUGGGGAUAGCAGCCAGGGGCAGCAUGGGUACUAUGUCCAUCAGCACCUGUAUCCAUGUGCUGGUGAUACCCAGGAAACUGGAGAAGGCAGGCGUCUUUGCUAUCAGGAAUCUGGACAUGCUGGGCAGUCUUUGGGAGUUUGUAAAUGAAUGGUGCAAUACUUUCCUCUUUCCUCAAUUGUAAAUGAACAGUGCAAUAUCUUCCCCUUGGCUCAAUUUGAGCAUCUGUUUUGGGGAGAAAUGUAAUUUUAUCCUCAUUUGUGAUAGCCAAUAAAUCAUUACCUAAAUCUUGAUGUUAA